UUAACGCAUGGAGUAGUUUGCUAACAUCUCUUUUUCUUCUUCAUUUCCUGUAAAAAAUCUCAUUACUUUCCCUCGAAAUUUUCCUUUUUUAUUUGAUUUUAAGUAAGAAAAAAUCAAAAAACCCAAAUUAAAGAACUUCAAAAAAAUGAAAAAGGGUUAAAGAUUCAAAGCAAUUCGUUUCUUUUUGAAGCUAAAAAAAAAAAUGUGUUAUUAAUUGCAUGGCGGCCAUUGAAGAAGUUUAAAGGUAGCUAAUGAUUGCUCUGUUUUGUUAUUUGAGGAUUCGAAGAUGAUAAGGAUAAAGCUAUGCUUCUCAAUAACCAUAACAGUUCUUUUCGUUUUCUCCCGAGUGAACUCAGUUAAGUCGGAGAACAACAACAUCAAGUGCAAUGGCUCCUACGUUAUAGGCAACACCCGGAGAUUCCUACCGUUUCCAUUCGGAUUCUCAUCGGGUUGCCCGAUUCGACUCAAUUGCAGCUCGACCGGGGUUAAGAUCGGAGACUUCCACGUUUUAAACGUUACUCCAACCAACAUCAUCGUCGACCUUCCCGCCAAAUGCAACCGGCGGCUGGAUUCAAUCGCCGUUCUUUUCGGCGAAAACUACAGCGUUUGGGCCGCUAAUAAUCUCCUCCUCGAAAACUGCUCCAAGGCCGUACCAACUCCUUGUGAUUUAAGUCCGACGUUUCUAGAACGUUCGUUUAAACUCAAGCCUUGCGUCGCUAAGAGCGACGAUAUAAGUUGUUUAAACGGCGGUUACGAUGGUGGGUUGAUGAAUUACAACGAAGUUAACAAUACCCAGUGCCGUUUCCUUCUUUCGUCGACUACAAUUUUAACCGAACCGGAAAGGGGUUCGGCAGUUUCAUUGGUCAUGGGCCGAAUUAACUUGAAGUGGUGGGUUAAAGGGGAGUGUAAUUGUGAUGAAAAUGCUAAUUGUACCAAAGUUAAAAAUGGGAACAGAACAGUGGGGUUUACGUGCCUUUGCCGUGAAGGGUUUGAAGGUGAUGGGUUCAAACAAGGCGGUGGCUGCCGGCGAGUUUCUAGCUGCAAUUUUUCGAAAUUCUUGUCUGGAAAAUGUGGUAGAGCGACAAGAGUCGGUGUUCUCAUUGGAGGACUCAUCGUCGGAUCUUUGCUAACGGGUGGUCUGGUUCUUUUAUGUUGCUAUGUUCGCCGGUGUUGUAAUUCCUCGAACAAACGAGCAAGGGCAAAGCGCCGUUUAUGUGAAGCCGCUGGCAGCUCGAGUGUUCCUUUCUACGCAUUUCGGGAGAUCGAAAGAGCUACUAAUGGUUUCUCUGAUAAAAAUAGGUUGGGUACUGGAGCUUAUGGUACAGUAUAUGCUGGGAAACUCCAUAAUGAUGAAUUGGUUGCUAUAAAAAGGUUUAGAUAUAGAGACCCUGAUAGUAUUGAUCAAGUGAUGAAUGAGAUUAAGCUCCUUUCCUCGGUUAGCCACCCGAACCAUGUUCGUCUUUUAGGUUGCUGUAUCGAGGAAGGUGAACCGAUCCUCGUUUAUGAAUUCAUGCCUAACGGAACUUUAUCCCAACAUCUACAACGAGAAAGGGGUGAAGCACUCCCAUGGAUGGCAAGGCUCACUAUCGCUGCCGAAACUGCCAAGGCUAUCGCAUAUCUUCACUCGGUGAAUCCGCCGAUUUUUCAUCGAGAUAUAAAGUCUAGCAAUAUACUCUUGGAUUACAACUAUCGAUCCAAGGUAGCCGAUUUUGGUCUUUCCCGGCUUGGGAUGACUGAAUCAUCCCAUAUCUCGACUGCACCUCAAGGAACACCAGGGUAUCUCGAUCCUCAAUACCAUCAAUACUUCCAUCUUUCCGAUAAAAGUGAUGUUUACAGUUUCGGGGUUGUUCUCGUUGAGAUAAUAACCGCAUUGAAAGUAGUCGACUUCUCCCGUCCUCACUCCGAAGUAAACUUGGCCGCGCUUGCUACCGAUCGGAUAGGAAAAGGCUGCGUGGAUGAAAUAAUCGAUCCAUACCUCGACCUAGACGGGGAUGCUUGGACAUUGUCAUCGAUUCACAAAGUGGCUGAACUUGCCUUUAGAUGCCUUGCUUUUCAUCCGGACAUGAGACCGACAAUGCUCGAAGUAGCAGAAGAGCUCGAACGUAUCCGACUCAGCGCUUGGGUUCCAUGUAUGUGCAUUGAAUCACCUUCAGCUUCCUCUUGUCCAACAUCUGACAAUGAAAGCGACACGUCAUUGAGUACCAAAACAGUGAUCGAGAAGGCACUGAUCAUCGGGAAUCGGAGGUUGAUUACGAAGCAGAAUUGUUUAACUUCAUUGAAUGAUGUUAAAACAAAUUCCCCUGUUUCAGUCCAAGAUGACUGGUUAAGUGAGCAAAGCUCACCUUCAACAAAUAGCUUGUUGGGUAAUAAUGCAUCUCAACGAGAAUGAUUUUUGAGACCUUUGUAAAAAAUCAAACAUUAAUGUUAUAAAAGUUAAAAGUUAUUUGAA